CAUUCUGAUUGGUUGAACGCACUGUAGUAACAAAACGCAUCGUCUAUCGAGGGUUGAGAAGGAUUAGCGCUCACAGACAGAAAACUCGAAAAAUGGCAAAUUACGGAAUGUUAAAUAGUGGUUUGACUCUUAAGGCACUUCUAGAGAACCCAGAACUUCAAAGCCCGCCGGUAGCGAACACUGCAGAGAAGGACAAGAAAGUUGGCAAAGAUGGCCUGUAUGAUUCUGGGUCGGCCUUCCUUGGCCCUAGUUUGUGGGAGAAGACCUAUGACAAUACAGACUUCAAUUUGGAAUACAUGGAUCUGGAUGAGUUCCUGUCAGAAAAUGGCAUCCCCAUCAAUCUGGACAAUGUCUUGAAUGAGGCUGAGCUCAGCGACUCCCAGUCAUCCUCAAGCCAGUCCAACAAAGGCCAACGAAGCCCCAAAGCAUCACCUUUGCCCCCUGCCUCGCCUCCGAGUCAUAUUCAGCCAUUUCCACUGCCAUCUCCACAGUCACCUCCACAGUCGCCGCCUCAGUCACCGCCACAGCCACAGCCUGUGUCCCCAGUUGCCCCUGUUGCCACGUAUGAUAGCCAACCGGCAUCACCAGCAUCAGCUCCAACAGAAAGUAAGCUUGGUGAAUCCAAGGCCACUGAGUCGUCGUACACGAGUGGGCCCGGGCCUAGAGCAUGUAGAGUAGACUUUGCCCUUUCACCUCCUGAUUUGGCUUUGGUGAGCAUACCAGGUCAAGAGAACUUUGAUCCUCGUAAGAGGGUAUUUUCAGAAGAGGAGUUGAAACCUCAGCCAAUGAUAAAGAAAUCAAGAAAGAUCUUUGUCCCCGACGACAACAAGGAUGACAAGUACUGGUGUCGGAGGAAGAAGAACAAUGUCGCAGCAAAACGAUCCCGGGACGCCAGACGCAUCAAGGAGAACCAGAUAGCCAUGAGAGCUGCAUUCUUGGAGAAGGAAAACUCAGUUCUUCGCGAUGAGCUUGAAAAAGUAAAGAAAGAAAACUCACAAAUGAAGAUCUCAAUGGCCAAGUAUGAGUCCGGAAAAUCAUAAAAGAAAACGUUUCCGUUGAUCAGUCUCAAUAAAGAUUGUACAGUGAUGAUUGGAAGGAGGAGUGACUGGUUGUGGACUUGUCCACUGAAUGAUGCUGUGAACAGGAGGAUAGGUUAUGAGACUGUUGAUCAUCCAUGCUUACCCUCUCAUGGUGAGCUAGUUCUACACUGUUGCAGACGAGUAGCUGUUACACGUUGUGCCUUGUCAUGUUGUUUGUUUCUUGGCCUAACAAGUGCAUCAUUCCAAGAGUACAGUGUGGGUUGAGUCCAUGUUGACUGAAUAAUAGUCGGUACAGUUCAAGAUAUGUCGUUUGUAUUUUUUUGUUACUGUAUUUUCUUGUGUAUAGUGCUCACUGUUUUUUAAAAUGAUGUAGUAUGUAGUAGGGUGCACUUAAUACACACAUACAUCCAGUUUUGAUUAUUUUUCUCAACACAAAGAUAUAAUUGUGAGCUUGCUACACUGUAUCUAUUGUUACAAAUGCGUACCGAAGUAUGCAACAUAGUCCUGAUAUCACACUAUCUGGUUAGAAAGAAUGUUUAUCUGUACUUAAUCUUAUAUUAAUUAUAUUCAAGAUAUCAUUUAAUAGUGUUACAUUAUUUUGGUGAAAUGGUGUUUGGCAGAUGGGCAGAUCGUACCAAUUCAUCAUUAUUUACAGCAACCACGGUCAGAUUGCCACUACCAACGCUUUAAAACAAAUCUUAGUCAGAUUUGUAAGAAGUCUAGCAUAUGGUAAAUACAAAUUAAGGUCUUUGAAAUGAACUUUGUUAGUUUGACUGUUAUAUGUCAACUUAAUGUUUUUGCGAUCAAAAUAGAAAGUCCACGAGAAGCCCCUGAUGGUGACCCGUUCCACAUGUAAACUUUAUCAUAUCUUAUUUUGGAAAAAUCUGGUAAAAGUAAAAAAACCUUGCAUACAGUCAACACACUUGAAAUUGUAAAUCAUCAUGUUCAGGGUUUUAUCACAUGUUUCACGUUUUCAUGUACAAAGUUUGUUAUCUGAUAUUUGUCAUCUGAAGUGAUACAAUGUAGUGUUUGACUGUGCACAAUUUACAAAUAUAGAUAUGUUUCCUUGAAACCCAAGAAUGGUAUGUGUGCAUUAUACUCAAUUGUGCACUAUACACAAGAAAAUAACGUACUUGAUUUACAGACAAUUUCAUCGGUCAAAUUUCAAAUGAAAAUAACAGACAAAAGCCUUCAGCUGACACUAUGAUAUAACUGAAAUCCUGUUCUAGGAGGCUGAAGUCCUACUCUGACUGCUGUGCAAUGUGUAAUGUGUACCAUGAUGCCACUUGCUAAUAUAAUAUGACACUGUUUAUCCAUUGCUGUUAGUAAAUACGGCUGACAUGGGUCUGUUACGGUAAGAAAGAAAUGAAACCGUGUAUAACUCAAGGAUGCCAAAUGAGCCAAACUCCGUGCACAGACUUUGUGUGAAUCCUACCAUUGCCUGACACUGAAGCAAUGUGUGGAGCUAAUGUUGCACACAUUGUUGGCCUUUUUGAGAUGUAACCUGAUAGCUCAUUGGUCAGUACUUGCUAGUUUGCCACGAACUUGAGCCAGGCCAUCACUUGAUAGCAACUAGCAACUAAACUGAGAUCAACUGUAUGUAUUCGCGGCAGAUGGAGGAACAUAGUGUAGACAAUCACAAAAGUAGUGGCGAUGGUUGACUCGCUCAUAUGGAGGAUUCCACAAACUCUUAAGAGGAAAACAGCAGCAUCUGUUAUAUUAUGUUAUAGUUAUUGUUAACUUGAAAAUGUUAAAAGUAUACCCAUAUUGUAAUCUGUGAUCUAAAAUUAUUUUUGUAGCUAGAAAAGAUGGCCACGUUUCAUGUGUGAACGUGCAUGUACUGCCAAUACUGUGUGUCCAUUGGUUGCUACCAUUGUGUUUAGCUGUAGAGUUCCACUGCAUUUUCAUGUGUAUAUUUCAGUCAGUAGGGUUACCAUGAUCUUAUCCUAACUGCAAGAGCAUAUUUCAUGACGGCGAUGCGAUUUGUUAGCUUUCAGUUAAUAAUUUGAAUAAAUAAUUUGCAGUGAUUCUGUGGCAUUUGUUUGGCUGAUCAAGCUUUUUAUGUAUUGUUUCCAUAAACUGAAAAAGAAUUGAGCCACGCCCACCAACAGACUUCUCUUUGAUAGGCUGAUAUGAAAUGGGAGGGGCUUCUGUUGCAUUAUUGCGCUGAACAAUGUCGAUGAUUUUGUAUUGUUGUCUAUAGUUAUUUGUGUGUUAAUGAUUGGAUAGGCAGUCUGUGAAGUUAUUACUGUUGACAUAUUUAUUUGUAAGAAUUGACUUCAAUAUGUUUUUGCAUUUAUGGACGUAUUAACGUAAAAACAUAUUGAAGUCAAUUCUAAAUUGAAACAUUUCCCUGUCUAGACUAGUUGAAAUUUACUUUUGCAGUUCAUGAAAUAUUUGUUUUGACAUAUUGUUAGUAUUGUUACAACUGUUUGCUGUUAAAUAUACAACCUGAUAUGUGAGAUUUCCCUAGAAAGGUCUGAGAGUGUCUAUGCCUAUCGAAUACCAUCUCAAUAAUAUUCACAGUUGACCUGUUUUAUUAACAUAAGUAAUAAGCAACUAAGCAUUAUAACUCUCCAUAUUGUAUUCCAGGUGGAUCAACUUUUGAAAAAGGCUUUUGUUUCGGCUUAAUUGUGGUGACUAUGAAACUCAUUGUAUUUGCUGGUUCAGAUAAGUUAAGAGACGAGUAAAUGGCGUGCGUUUUCCAUACAUACAUCAGUUGUGAAAAUGAUAUUUUUGUAUUUUUUAUCUUUGUCAUUGUAAACAAGAAUGCAAAAUUAGAUUCUCUUUUAAGAUGUGCUCAAAGUUAAAUUUUUAAUUGAAUAAUAAAGAAAUAUAUUAUACAGUUGUCGUUCACAUUUUUGUUAAAUGUUCAAGCGAGUCCUCCAUUUUCACAUAUAGAAACCAUGUGAAAUAUGAUGCAUGAAGACAAGAUAGCAGUCUCACCAUGCUCAGGUUUGUUUGUCCGGCAUUAUAGGAGGCUAUCUCCCGGGAAGGAUGUUCUUUACCCCAAAGCUUUAUUUUCAUCUUCUCUGUGUUCUUGUCGUAUACUACAUAUGGUAUGAGUUCGCUGUUAUACAUCCUACAUUACAUUGGAACUCAUUUAUGUCCAUUUUGCUCGUUCUUUCAACAUUAUAUAUUUCUCUUAGGCCUUGUAUAUAUUAUUUAGUUGGUUUAUGAGACUGACUUACCAACAAAACUUGAAAACAGAAAAAAAAUAUAAAUUGACAAACAUUUUUUGUUACUUUACAAUUAGGAUAAAAGGGAAAAAACAAGAUUUAGUCACUGCUGUUUUUGGAAGAAAUGUGCCCCACCAGGGGAAGGGGGGCCUUAUGAGUGCGAGGAUACAAGUGAGCCGUGAUCUCUCAAAAGAAGUCAUAAAAAUCGCCAUGUAUGCGGAUUACAAUAAUAUCUUUUUUCUCUCUCAUUAGUUCAUAAUGUAAUUAAAACAUUAUUCCACUUUUUGUACACCAACUCAUAAGAAAUGAAAGGCCUUAUUGACAUAUUGUUCUUUGUGUUGUUUUGUUAUUUUGUGAAAUAGUUUAACUAAAUGCAUGCUCGGUAUAUUUGUUGUCAAUUUGCAUUUGAAAGGUGACAGUUAUCAUUAGUUUGAUCAUAUGAGAUAAAAUAUGAUUGACUUGACUGAUGAUUUGUUGAAAGCUCUAACACUGCAUUUGUUUUUAAUCUGUUGCCACAAAGAUUUUUAUAUCAUCAGAACCUGUCCCAAUUUCAGAAGUCAUUGCAAGGGACUGAGUAUAUGGAGCCAUCAUUACUGGCAAUAGCAAGAUACUCAAUUGUGACGAUGAAGCGAUCUCCAUCAAAUCAUUCAUUUGUUUGUCUUGUUCGAUCAAUGACACAGACCUCAGUGCAUUCCUGUUUUAAUUUGUGGUGGUCCUUUUGUCUUUUCUGUAUAAUUUGGCAGCUUGCUUGUUUGGUUGAUGGAUGCAGUGAGAUCUUUAGAAAUUUGCUUUCAUCGUUGAUUUCACCAGCAUUUUUUUCUGUCCAAGGCCAGACACUAUUUUUUGGGGUGUGCUUUUUUUUUUUAUUGAAAAAAUAAAAUGAAUUGUCCAGGAUUUUUUAAAUAUCAGUUUGGAUUAGGAUCGGUAGUGGUUUUGGUCCUUGUAAAUAUCAAAUCUAAAUUUAGACUUGUAACCAAUUUGACGAUUAUCAUUUGAUAAUUUUCUGUUUUAGUCAUAUAAACAUUCCUUGGAUUAGGUAAUUGUCACAGUAAUGUUUACAGUGGGUAGCAUUAAAACAGCAUUGUCAUUCUGAUUAUUUUUCUCUUCUCGUAUUUUAAGAUAAGUGGAUUGAAAGGCUGGGACGUGUCCAAAUUUACUACCCGGGUACCUACCCCUCCUAUUACCCAACCGUACCCGGGUACCAACUGUAGGUCUCAAGAGAUAGGUACAAAAUGUCCAAUUGGGAAUUCUUUUACCAAAGCCCUGGCAAAACGUACUUCGAUACAUGUAUUAAACAAUCUGGUCAUACAAACAUUGAAGUUGACCUAGUUAUAUCUUUAUUUAACCAUAUGAAAAUUCAGAAGGAAUGGGUGCAUAGUCAGAAAGAAAUGUGAACAUUAGCGUAACAAUAGAGUUCUAGAUAAUUUUUGUGAUUAAGCAAUAUAUCACGUGACUAACCUAGGGUCCGGGUAGUCCUGAAGGUACCUGGGUCCUACUCAGUACCCACCAGACCUGGGUACCCCAGAGUUACAGUCCCAGCCCUAGUGGAUUGGUACACCCCACCCUAAUGUAACCUAUAAUGAACUGAGCUUAAUUAGCUGGGAAACUAAUUAUGUGGUCUUGAUGCCAGUUCUGUUGUGCAGAACCAGAAUUCCAACCCUACCUGAUUCAUCUACUACAUCUGUCUAUUAUAGUAUACUAUGUAUUUAAGAUUUUGUUUAAGGUGAUAUGAUGUUGUCAAACACUGUUUAGUCUUAGAGUGUUCAUUUGCAUAAUGUUUCAAGCAUAUAUAUUUCGUUUUGAGGAAAUACUAAAGCACCAAAAUUUAAAGAUUAUGCAAAAAAUAGACACAAGGCUCUGAAGCUCACUUGGAAUGUUUCUUGAAUAUUAAUUGAGAUAUUUUUGAAAGGUCAUCACUAAGAGAAAAGUAAAGAAUAACUCAAAGAAAUAAGUGAAUGCCAGUUUAAGUUUCUUUUGCAGAGCUAGAGUUCCCUACUACAUGUUUUGAUAUUGACCUUUCAGUCUAUGAAAAUGUCCUAUUUUAGUGUCACUCAUAUCAUGCAUAUUUUUGUUGAUUUGUGUAUAUAUUGAUAGGAUGUUGUCAAAUAAACAUACUGUGUAAUGUUA